GAUUCCUGUAAGUCAACCAGACAUUCUGUCAUUCAGCGGCACUAUCUCCGUAGGACUCUGCACCCCUGUGCCUUCACGAGUUAGCUCCUGGUGCCUGUGGAAGAAGUAUUCAAAUGAAUGUACUUUUUCAGGGAUUCUGACACCAGAAUGUUUUAAGUUUGUUCAUUACCACCACAAGGAUAAAUGGCGUUUCUGCCAAAGAUUUAAUAUCGCAUGCCGAAAUGUGCAUCAGCACUUUCUGAAAUUAAAGGGCCGGCCCUGAGAGGUUUUAUAUGUUUGUCUAGAAACCCACUUUUAAAGGAUAAUCCCCUAGGACAUGAGCACAGCCACAAAGAAGCUUGUCUGAGAUCAGACAAUUCAGAAAAUGACAAAAGUUCAUGUCCAUUUUCUGUGAAAGAUUUAGCAAUGAAAUACGAACAUCUCAGGUAGUCUCUGUUUUCAUUUCAGUCUUAAUGAAAACUUCUUAACUUCCAUCUCAAGUUUCUUUUCAAAACAGCCGAGAACUGAAACGAAUGGGGAUUGGACUGCUCUGCCUGUUCUUUCUAUUUCUAGGAAGGAAUGUCUGCGUACAAGGUGGCUGUGCCCUGGGAGGUGCAGAAACCUGUGAGGAAUGCUUGCUGCUCGGACCACAGUGUGCCUGGUGCUCUCAGGAGAAUUUUACUCAUCCAUCUGGAGUCGGUGAAAGGUGUGACAUUUCAGCAAAUCUGUUAGCUAAAGGAUGUCAAUUAAGCUUCAUUGAGAACCCUGUCUCCCAAGUUGAAAUACUUAAAAACAAGCCUCUCAGCGUAGGCAGACAGCAAAAUAGCUCUGACAUCGUUCAGAUUGCACCACAGAGUUUGAUUCUUAAAUUGAGACCAGGUAGUGAACAGACCCUGCAGGUGCAUGUCCGCCAGACCGAGGAUUACCCAGUGGACUUGUAUUACCUCAUGGACCUCUCUGCCUCCAUGGACGAUGACCUCAACACAAUCAAAGAGCUGGGCUCCCUGCUUUCCAAGGAGAUGUCUAAAUUAACCAGCAACUUUAGACUGGGCUUUGGCUCUUUUGUGGAAAAACCUGUCUCCCCCUUCAUGAAAACAACACCCGAAGAAAUCGCCAACCCUUGCAGUAGUAUACCAUAUUUCUGCUUACCUACAUUUGGAUUCAAGCACAUUUUGCCAUUGACCAAUGAUGCUGAAAGAUUUAAUGAAAUUGUGAAGAAUCAGAAAAUUUCUGCUAACAUUGAUACACCUGAAGGUGGAUUUGAUGCAAUCAUGCAAGCUGCUGUGUGUAAGGAGAAAAUUGGCUGGCGGAAUGACUCUCUCCAUCUCCUGGUGUUUGUAAGUGACGCUGAUUCUCAUUUUGGAAUGGACAGCAAGCUGGCAGGGAUUGUCAUUCCUAAUGAUGGGCUCUGUCACCUGGACAGCAAGAAUGAAUACUCCAUGUCAACUGUCUUGGAAUAUCCAACCAUUGGACAACUCAUUGAUAAACUGGUACAAAACAAUGUGCUGCUGAUCUUUGCUGUAACCCAAGAACAAGUUCCUCUAUACGAGAACUAUGCGAAGCUCAUUCCUGGUGCUACGGUGGGGCUACUGCAGAAGGACUCCGGAAAUGUUCUCCAGCUCAUCAUCGCAGCCUACGAGGAACUGCGGUCUGAAGUGGAGCUGGAAGUACUAGGAGACACGGAAGGAGUCAACUUGUCGUUCACAGCUAUCUGUAACAACAGCACCCUCUUCCCACACCAGAAGAAAUGCUCUCACAUGAAGGUGGGAGACACAGCAUCAUUCAAUGUGUCUGUAAGUGUAACAAACUGUGAGAAGAGAAACCAGCACAUUAUCAUAAAACCUGUGGGCCUGGGAGACACCCUGGAUAUCCUGGUCAGUCCCCAGUGCAACUGCGACUGUGAGCAAGAAGUGGAAGUAAACAGCUCCAAAUGUCACAAUGGCAAUGGCUCCUUCCAGUGUGGAGUGUGUGCCUGCCACCCAGGCCACAUGGGUCCUCACUGUGAGUGUGGCGAGGAUGUGCUGAGCACGGAUUCCUGCAAGGAGGCCCCUGAUCUUCCCUCAUGCAGCGGCAGGGGUGACUGCUACUGCGGCCAGUGCGUCUGCCACCUCUCUCCCUACGGAAGUAUUUACGGGCCGUACUGUCAGUGUGACAAUUUCUCCUGCGUGAGACACAGAGGACUGCUUUGUGGAGAUAAUGGCGACUGCGAGUGUGGUGAGUGCGUGUGCCGCAGCGGCUGGACGGGCGAGUACUGCAACUGUACCACACACACAGAGUCGUGUGUCGCUGAAGACGGAGUGCUCUGCAGUGGGCGAGGGGACUGCGUCUGCGGCAAGUGUGUCUGCACCAACCCUGGAGCCUCAGGCCCCACCUGUGAGAGGUGUCCAACCUGCGGUGACCCCUGUAACUCAAAACGGAGCUGCCUUGAAUGCCACUUGUCUGCAGAUGGCCAGAGCCAAGAAGAAUGUGUGGACAAAUGCAAACUGGCAGGUGCAACCAUCAGUGAAGAAAAAGAUUUCUCAAAGGAUAGUUCUGUUUCCUGCUCUCUGCAAGGAGAAAAUGAGUGUCUUAUUACAUUCCUAAUAACUACAGAUAACGAGGGGAGAUCCAUCAUUCACAGCAUCGAUGAAACAGAUUGUCCCAAACCUCCCAACAUUCCCAUGAUCAUGUUGGGGGUUUCCCUGGCGAUCCUUCUCAUCGGUGUUGUCCUACUGUGCAUUUGGAAGCUCUUGGUGUCAUUUCAUGAUCGUAAAGAAGUUGCCAAAUUUGAAGCAGAACGAUCAAAGGCCAAGUGGCAAACGGGAACCAAUCCACUGUACAGAGGCUCCACUAGUACUUUUAAAAACGUAACCUAUAAACACCGAGAAAAACAAAAGGCGGACUUUUCCACAGAUGGAUAGAACUGCUUUUCUGCGUGAGAGAAGUCUAUUCCACUGACAGGAAAUGUCAAUGCACUACUGUAUUUUUAUUUCUUUGUUGCUUCCAAAGGAGGUUGGUUUAAGAUAACAAUAGGUCAUUCGGAGAUCAAUCAUUCUCUGUGUGAAGGUGAGACACUACCUUGGCAGGUUCAAAAAUAAUCAGGAAGAGGAAUAUCCCUAACAAAGAGGUGACUUUGGGGAGCAUUUGAGGAAUACUAACUCUGUCGCAUUAAUGCUUAAAAAAAUCAUCAAGAUGAUUCAUGGGGGCCUGAUUUGCAUUUGAAAAAUGUUUGAAAUUAGAAUCUCAUUUGUUUCAGAAAUACAGCUAGCUGAAGUCUUUGUCUUAGCAAAGUCACAAAGCCCAUAUGCUCAUAUUGUAUACCCACACUUGUCAAUUAAUUCUCAACUUGUUGCAAAUCUGCGUUUUCUUAAACAGGGAUUCUUAAAAACAAACAAAA